UUUGCAUGAGUUCUUAUCCUUUUCUUAGCAAGUUCAGUUUGCUUCGACGCAAUUAACAACACAACAUUAUAUAUUUCUUUUCAUAUUAUUUUUCUCUUUUGUUUACUACUAGUGAUAUAAGCCAAUGUCCAAUCACCCUUUUCAGUUUAGUCUUCAGGAAAUGUCAUCCCAACCACUAGAAAGUAGUAUGUUGGUUUGCACAAAGGUGGAGCAAGAAAAGAAACCAAGGCCUAUAGAGCAAGCACAAAAAUGUCCAAGAUGUGGCUCUGCCAACACCAAAUUCUGUUACUAUAACAACUAUAGUCUCUCUCAGCCCAGAUACUUUUGCAAAUCUUGCAAAAGGUACUGGACUAAAGGUGGUACACUCAGAAAUAUUCCAGUUGGUGGAGGCUGUAGAAAAAACAAAAAAUCAUCCUUAAAGAGAUCAAGCCAAGAUCAUGAUCAGUACUCCAUGACCAACAGGCCUAGUUAUCCACUGUCUUCAUUUACAACACUUUCAUAUGUAAAUGAUAUGUCAAUGAUGUGUAAUAACGUUCAUUAUGAUGCUCAUGGUGCACAAAGGGGUGGAUUUCUUGAAUCCCCAAGUGGAUUAAUCCACCAUAACUUGAGUUAUGGUAUUGAUAAUAAUGGAAACAUGGGGCAUGUUCAAAAUGAAGAAAUAUUGGGGUUAAAUGUGAGUGCAGAAAUGGGAAUGCAUUAUCAUCAAGAAAUGAGUUCCACAUUGGCCACAGUAAAGCAAGAGAUGUGGAACAAUAUGGCAGCAAAAGGUGCAUUAGGCGGCCGGGAUCCAGUUGUUGAUCAGUGACUCCAGCUAGCAAUCAGUACAAUCCAGUUGAGGUGACCCACGACUAGACCGUGGAGGCGACUUCAGCUUCUGUCAUUUACUUUUAGUCUAUUUUCUUUUUAUCUAGCUGCAUCCCGAAUUAGUUUGUACUUCGAUUGUAGUGCUCCAUGACUUAGCAUCUUAUUGGGGUGUAUGAGUUGACUUUCGUUACUUUGUUUUACGUUUCCGCACCUGAUUAUAUUGAGACAGUUUUAGUAGUACUUUCUCUUAUAUAUCUUUUUUAUGAUUUCAACAUGCUCUAACUCAAAGGUUUCGCCAAAGGAGUAGUGACUCGUUGGGUGUCAUGUUAAUUAUAGUCUGGGUGUCAGAUUUUGUUCGUGACAUUCUUCUUUUCAUGGUCGUCUCCAUAGCAAUCUAAUAGCAAGAACCUUUUUUU